UGGGGCCUAGCGAGGUUAUUUUCCUUAUCUUCCUAGAGUAUUUCGCUCGUGCAAAUAAAACUACUCCGCUAACGUUGAGAGCUGCCGCAUUUUCAAGACAAUUUACCAUUCUUUGGUGAUCCUCGGUGAAGAGUGUUUCGCUGUUGCGUUGUUGUUUCGUCUGGGAUGGAUUCGACACAGGAUCCGUUCACGCGGCGCAUGCUGCAACGCGCCAGCAUGCGUCAAUUUCGAGAGGAGAGCUUACAUUGCAGUCCAGAUCAACUGCAGAGAAAAAUGAGUAUUUUGCGAGCCAUUAAUGACAAGCCUGCAGUCAAGAUCGGAGAUCGUGAAACGAUCAGCCGGAGAAACACUGGCGAAAACAAGUUUGCUGAUGACAAACCACGCAUCCUGCGAAGAACGAGUGUGACGUUGAGUGACAGUUUGAUACGCCAACGAGACCAUCUUCCCAUUUUUUAUCCUAUAAACCGAUACAGUUCUUCGGAUCUUACUGACCAGUCUAAAUCUACGCCUGAGUACCAAAAUCUUCGAUAUCACCAACGACGUGUGAACGGCAAGGUAUCGCAGAGCAGUAGUAUGGAUAAUGACAGUGGUGACAGUCAAGUAUUCUCGAAAACUUCUAAAAUUCAGAAGGAUCAGAAGCGGAUAAAAAGUAACAACACCGCACAGACGCCAGAAGCAGCUUGUUCGUAUGUGGCUAAACCGCGCUGUAGAAAAUUGCGAAAAAGAAAAGAAAACGAGAUAGAAAGUGACUCGGUUUUAUCGCAGACUUCCGACUCUACUUCUAUAACUAUGACUGAAAACUCAACCAAGGACAAGCCGCAAUCGGCACCGACAUAUAUAGAAGGGUUUAAACUUGGCAACGUGAAGUGGCGAGGACCGCUUCACGACGCUUAUGCAACGAAAAAUCUGGAACGAGAAAAGGCUGACGAUUUUUCGGCCAAGAGUACCGAUGAUCGUGAAACAAUCAAACGCCACUCGUCGUGCAGCAACUCCGAGGAACCUAAACUGUUGAAGACCCUAGAAAGGGAGAUUUCGAUACCACCCAAAAUGACACCGGAACUGAGAACAAUAGGCGACAGUAAACAGAAAGCAGUUAACGACGGAGUCGAAGGUUCACCCGCCAAGACUUCGGCAAAUAAAAGACCGGAUAAGUUAUCGUUGGAAGUGACAAUUGCAGGUAAUUCGGCAGAGAAAAAAUGUUCGACGAAUCCUGAAGUUCUCCCUGACUCACCGACCACCCCUCUGACCGCUGAGAUAAGACGCUUGAACGCCGAUAUCGGACAGCUAAAGUUUCAUUCGGACUUUUACACUCCGGAGAACGACGCUGAGCUGUCACCUCCUGUUCGGCUUUACCCAAAUUUGUCGAAGAUUCCGUUCACGCCAACGGGAUACACACCCAAAAAGCUUUACCGUUCACCCUACAGUCCUGAACAAGCGUGCGCGGCAUCGUCGGCCAGUAAAUCGACGAGCAGUAAAAAUCGUCUUAACUUCAAUGAAAAUCCAACUUCAACCCCCAACGACGAGCCGCCGAAUAAUAUUGCGAAACCAGCAACAUCGAGCAGCGUUUCAGAGAGUGUAACGACGAACAGCGGUGGGCCGACAUCGAAUUUGGACAAGGAAGCCAAAACAUCCGAGACGAAAUGUGCCGAAAACAAUAGAGAUGUGAAGAAGAAUGACGGGUUCAAACUGAAUUUGGAAUCGACUCGGAAGUCUUUACUCACCAACUUGUCAAAAAUUAUGGCGUCCGGUCCUCGUCAUUCACAGAGUAUCGCGUCCUCUUCUUCAACCACGGCACCGAAUUCUCCCGAGGGUUUGGGAAGCCCACCGAACGCUUCGUCUCCGAAGGAUAAGACCCUCAACUCCACAAUUCCCUAUGACGUUGACGAUUUUUUGGCCGACGCGCUUGGAAAUGAACUUUACAAUACCACCAUGACUUUCCCGCAUUCCGAGGGGAACCAAAAAAGUUACUCAGAAUUUUGCGCCAGUGACUUGAUGUCCGCAGGAACCACGUCGGGACUGAACAAUAACAGUUCCGCCGUGAGGAAGACGCAGACGACUGAAUCUCCUCCUCCGUACACCAGCACUUUCAACAGGGGCAUGACGAUUUAUAGAUCGUUCACUCAGAGUAUCAAAAACAAACUGCGACCUGGACUGAAGUCUCUGCCAAAAAAUGCGACGAACGAUGCCGUUACAACGGUGGAGAUGAAAAGCGACGACCGGACGAUACAAGCACUGUUUCAGGACGCAAGCAUUCAACAGACGAUAAUGUACCAGGCUAAUAAAGCACUGACCUUCUGCCACUCGAUGAAGGAAUUCUCGUCGAGUACCGAGCAGGUGGAAUCGGAAAGGUCGCUCCUGGUCGCGGGCCUGAGGAAGGAUGCUAUCCUCGAGGAAAUCAAACGGCGACAAAAUUCGCAGCAAAACAAUAACGUCGAGGAGCCUUGGGAGAGGGGGGAAGUUACGAUAAAGAACUUCAGUCUACCCCUGAAGGAGGAUAUACUCGAGUUCGAGUGCAGAACCGGGGACUUUGUCCAGUGGUUCGUGAUCGCCGUUUCCCAAGGACCAACCGUAUGGGCGACCAGACCGAUUUCCUGCCCUGUACAAAGUCCCAGGAUUAUAUUCCCGGACUCAUUUUUCAUCGCUAACCUCCCCCCCAACUUCAAAAUCACCAUAAGGAUCUACUGCUUGAAACUCCGCAGGACAACCUUUAAUCACGACGACAAAUAUCACCUGAACAAAGCCGAAAGACAGGCGACGUGUCCCUCCCCAAAGAAGCUGAUACUUAGGAGAAGUGACAGGUCUCUUUCACCGGGAAGACAGCGCCACAUUGAGUCUGUUCCGAUCAGAAACACCUCCUUCGUACUUUCAGGAAUGGUGGAACUGUAUCUGCACGAUUUGAGCCUGACUUCGCCGUGGCCCUUGACUUCCUUAUUAACAGGAAGCGUUCUCUACGGGACAAUCGACCUGACGCUUUCCACGAAGCUCCAAUUGUCGGUUUACCACGCUGGUUUUUUAACCCACGGUGACGAGGCCGGCGGUUUCGCGGCUUGGAACCGGAGAUGGUGCGUCCUUCAGAAUCAAACUCUGAUGUUUUGGAACUAUCCGUGUGACCAAGAAGAGAAGCAACCGCUGACUACCAUCGAUCUCAGCAAUUGUACCUCACCCGAGAUAAAUGCCGUCGACAGAUCGAUGUGCGCCAAGCCGAGGACCUUGCUGAUAGAAACCUUCAGAGAGAGGAACGUAUCGGACAGAAAUAGUAUGUUACUCGAGUGCCGAUUGUCCUGCACUGUGAUUCGAAACUUGUUGUGCUGCGAUACACUGAAAGAUUUAAACCUAUGGAAAUCGAAGAUUAAUCGCGUUGUGUCGGCGUUGCGGGAUUGGAACGUGAACCGCCGAUUUCCUUACGAACAAGUCUCUGACCUGUGAUUUCACGUUUUUUGGAUUAUGUGUUUCAUUUGAUGUCUAUUAUUUAUGAACUACCAUUUUAAUCGUGUCUUUGUUCUUAAUAUUUUUGUAACAAACUUUUUGCGUGCGCCUGAACCAAUUAUUUCUGACGGGCAUACAAACCUCUGUUACGCACAGCGUGUGUGUUUUAAAUUUGAUGGUACUAUACCAUGUAUUGACUGAUCACUUCAUAAAUGUGCGUAUUAUGUAAACAUAUUAUAUACUGACAAAACGCAAGAACUAAAAUUCGGCACACAGCCCGAAUUAUAAAUUCUUACGUAACUAUAAAUUAUCGACUACAUUUGUACAACUUUGAAUCAUACGAGUUGGUAGCUAAAUUAAGUGUCAUUUUGGAUAAAGAAUCCAAUUUCUAUGCACCAUUAAACAUCAAUGAAUAUACAAAAUGUUCUCUCGUUCAAAAUAUAUUCAAUGUGUGAUUAUCGCGUCUUAAUUUAAUAUACAAACAUCAGAAAGUGUUGUUAUAUUUAUAUGACAACAUUUUAUACAUUUAUAAGUCAUGCUUUUUUAAUAUUGUACUUACAUAUCUGAAUUGACGUUUGCAGAUCGAUGCUAACUGAUUAAAUGCGUUGAGAAAUUACAAAAACUUUCAAAAUAUUAUUACAGAAUUUUACAACAGCCAAUAAUAAAUGAAUUCAUAAAUAUCUGCACCAACUCGAAAAGAUGAAUGUUUCAGCUAACGAUGAAAAUUUCUAUAGGUAAUAGUAGUAGGAGAAAAGUGCAACUGAUUAUACUGGAGUUGAGUUGCUUAUUUGAUCAAAACUUGUUCUGCACACUGAACAACUUCUCCGAUUUCUGAACGAAAGUUCGAAGUAACGAAUGCAGCUACGUCACAUAUAGCCGAUUUUACUCAACAAAAUCGAAAUUUCAGAGUGAUAAAAAAUAUUUCCGAGUGCUCAGUAAGUGAUUCUUGAAUAAAAUAAGAGUCAGUAGAAUCA